CGGGCAUUGUGGUCCGGGGCGGUGUUUCCUGUGAUUGGUUGGAGCCAGCUACGGACUCGGUUUCCCAGAGAGCUGCUGAAAGCGGCCUGGAGCCCCGGGGGCUGAGUGUGUGUGGCGGCCGCGGGGAGGGAGCCGCCGAGCUCGGCCACCAUUCAGCGUUUGUGCGCUUCGCUCCUCAGCAUGAGCGGCGUCAACCGGACCCGGAGCGACGUCUUCGGUGACCAAGUUCCGUCUGGAGCUGGGAAGGGUCCCGGAGGAGCUACGGGGGGCGCCUCGUCUGUGCCUGCGGGCUUCAGCGCCAUCAAACUGGGCAGGGAUAAUGGAAAAGUGACGACGGUGGUGGCUACUCCAGGGCAGGGCCCGGACCGUCCGCAGGAAGUGUCCUACACCGACAUCAAAGUCAUCGGUAAUGGCUCCUUCGGUGUGGUGUACCAGGCGAGGCUCGUGGACUGUGGAGAAAUGGUGGCAAUAAAGAAAGUCCUGCAGGACAAGAGGUUCAAGAACCGGGAGCUGCAGAUCAUGCGCAGACUGGAUCACUGUAACAUCGUGCGGCUGCGAUACUUCUUCUACUCCAGCGGAGAGAAGAAAGAUGAAGUUUAUUUAAACCUGGUCCUUGAUUUUGUCCCAGAAACAGUUUAUCGCGUCGCACGGCAUUUCGCGAAAGCCAAAUCCACGCUGCCGUCCAUCUAUGUGAAGGUGUACAUGUAUCAGCUAUUCCGGAGCCUCGCUUACAUCCAUUCUCAAGGCGUCUGCCACAGGGACAUCAAACCUCAGAACCUGCUGGUCGAUCCUGACACAGCAGUGCUGAAGCUGUGCGACUUUGGCAGCGCAAAACAACUGGUACGAGGCGAGCCCAACGUUUCCUACAUCUGUUCCCGCUAUUACAGGGCACCGGAGCUAAUAUUUGGAGCCACCGAUUAUACUGCGAAUAUCGACAUCUGGUCAGCAGGUUGUGUCCUGGCGGAGCUUCUCCUCGGCCAGCCCAUCUUCCCUGGGGACAGUGGAGUCGACCAGUUGGUGGAAAUUAUAAAGGUGCUAGGAACUCCGACCCGGGAACAAAUCCGAGAGAUGAACCCAAACUACACAGAAUUCAAAUUCCCACAAAUCAAAGCACAUCCCUGGACGAAGGUCUUCAAGCCCCGCACCUCUCCAGAAGCCAUUACAUUGUGCAGCCGGCUCCUGGAGUACACCCCGGACACCCGCGCCUCCCCUCUACAAGCCUGUGCACACUCCUUCUUUGACGAGCUUCGUGACCCCAACACGCGUCUCCCGAGCGGCAGGGAGUUGCCUCCCAUCUUCAAUUUCAGCUCUGUAGAGCUCUCCAUCGAGCCCUCGCUGAACACCGUCCUCAUACCUCCUCACCUGCAGCAGACUCAUUUGCAAGGUGAAGGGCGAACUGGACCAGACAGACUCAAAACCAGCGACGUAGCAGAGCUGAGCACCUCCUGAGGAGCGCUGCUUGUCCCCUCCCUCGGCCUUCCCGUUUUCCUCUCCCUUCCCGGCUGACAUCUUACACGUGUUGUGUGGGAGCCGAGCUCGGUUCUUGAGGAUCACGUUCUUCUCUUCUGCUCCGGUCAAUGACUUUCGGUGACUCCUGCUGGCUAUCCUCCCCAUCUCAAGACUAUUGGUCAGAAGUCAUGGAUCCCUCUGCCUGUAGCACUGUAGAGCGCAGCUCUGGAUACCUCCAAGCAUUGCUGUGAAGGUCGGGGCCGGGACACCUUAGUGCUGAUCUCCUCCCCGGCAGGUUUCUUGCAGACUCUGCUCAUCUUGUAAAGUGUUUAGUUUUUUUUUUGAACUGGGCAAAGGUGCAAACUGGUCUCCCCCCCGCCCCCCCCCCCCCCCCUGCCCCCGAUGUAUUAUUUUAUGUCGUCCUCAUUGCUAAGCGUUCAUCAUCCUGGGACCCUCUCUGAUAGAGGCUCCCCCUAAUGUAGCAUAAAGCUCCGUCUGCAGCCAGUCACUGGGAGCCGCCAUCACGCUGGGGAGGUAGAAACCACUUAAUACUUGACUCCUUGUGCUGCUGUUUGAGGGGAGGGGGUGACUGAUGGGGGCGCAGCAGGAGACCUCAGAACCUCGCCAUUACCUCUUACUGCACCCCAGGAGUUUAUUCCUAUGGGGUGUCCUCUGGAUCACGGUAAUAAAGAUGGAAGCUUUCUAGAGCAGGGGGCAUGCCCUGGGUUCCUGCAUUCUGUGGGCUCCAGAACCCUACGUAGCUCAGACUCCUUGUGUCAUAGCUGUGCACACCCUGGGCCACUACUACUCCCAGCAGGCCUUAUGGACACAGCCAAUGGCAAAGGCCUGUAGAUUAUAUUUAGUUUGACGCUCUAAUGCUGCGUGGCUCUGUACACGAGCUCAGAGUACCCUUCACUGUAAGGUGCACCCGCGGGUCCUCCCCAUGUGUACCGGGUGUAUACGUCACCUGUAAAGGCUUUUAAUGGAUGUUUUAUCUUCUGUCCGUGGGACCGGGCGUCUGUGCCACCGGAUAGAAGGCGGUUUUUAAGGUUCUGUUGGUUGUAGGAAACCUCGUCUGAUGAAUGUUCUGUCAAGCAGCUGGUUUUAUAGCGCCUGGUGCUCGUGGCACUUUAUGCCGUUCAGGGGUCAGGGGAGGGGGGGGGGGUGAUACCAAAGGGGCCCUGACCCCAGGGGUUAGGAUUGGGUUACAAUGCAGUAAUCAUAGAGUAAGAAAACAUGGCUGCUUCUAAAACCUGGAGAGUCGGCAUUUCUGUAAUAAGGUGACCGUGUUUGUGGUCUGGCGCCCCGUUAAUGUGGCGUCAUUUCUCUCUGGUGGUCAGAUUUGGGUCGUAGCCGCAGUUUGUCACAUGGGUCGUCUCCUCUUGGUUGGCAGAACAUUGCAUCAUUGACACGCCAUUAUGUGGCCACUUACCUCCUGAGGUCAAAUCAGAACUGUCAGAAGUUGCCGCCAUUGGCCUGGACCACGACCUUCUCAGAUGUCUCUGCAGCGCCCCCUGGUGUUCCAGAACCUGCACUUAGCAGUCCACUAUUUGGGAUGUUUGCCGCUUGUCCAUCCUGAUCCUUCGUGGGGUUGACCCUUCUUAGCAUUGUAACGCAGGAGAGUAAGCUCGGCCAUGAUGUCUGCAGGAUCUGGUGCAUCUCGGCCCUUAACCCUCCUCCCGCUGUCCGCCAUCUUUUACUGUAGGUUUCCGUUUAAGUCCGCGCGCGGUCCUGCUGCAGCACACGUCGCUUGUCCCCAUCACGACCAGUAGAACAUUUUAAUUUUUUAAGUUUCCCAACACAAUAACUUAAAUCCUGUUGAUUUUUAUAUUUUUUUUCCUCUGCUUCCAUCUUGGAAUCUGCGCCGGCCUUCUCUCUUGUAAAUAUAUAUAUUUCCGCGUCGUACAAAUUCUUGUCUCGGAGAAGAUGUAGCCGUUGAUUCUUGUAAAUAUGUUCAUUUGUUUUAUUUUUUUUCUUAAUGAAGAUGUUGAGUUGACCUUGAUUCAUUUUUUCCCUCUUCCGAUUGCCACCAUUUUUAGCCCCCCUUUUUUUUUUUUUCCCCUCCCCGUACAUUCCCCUCUUCCUUCUCCUCCCUUUUUAAUUCCUGUUUUAGAAUUGAGACGUGAAUACUGUAUUGUUGUAGAACAUAACGCCAGGAUGUAGUAUGGCGGCUCCGCUCAGUGGCCGCCGUGGUUUCUGGAAAUGUACAGCAAUCUUCAAUAAAUUAUUGGCAUGAA